AUGAUUUCCGCUGGCCUCAACCCCCAUCUCAACACAAACCACAUCAAAAUGGACCCCCGAACCAUCUCAGAGCUGGACGAAGUCAAAGCCGAGAAGAUCAUCCUAGAGUCGCGCGUCCUGGUCAUCAUGACAGGCGGCACAAUUUGCAUGCAUCCCUCACCAGCAGGCUUCGUCCCAGCCCGUGGCUUCCAGGAAAAAUGCAUGGCCCGUCUACCAACCUUCAACGAUGGCUCGGAGAGCACAUCCAUAGACGUAGUAGCGAACGCCCACGAAACCAAAGCGUCCCCAAGUCUACGCACGCCAGUCACAGCUUACGGCCGGCGAGUCCGGUACACGGUAUUCGAAUUCGAGGAAUUACUGGACAGCAGCUCGAUCGACGCGCGGGGGUGGACUCAGAUCGCGCAAACCAUCGAACGCAACUACACGCUUUUCGAUGGAUUCGUCGUUCUACACGGCACAGACAGUCUAGCAUAUACAUGCUCAGCGCUGAGUUUUAUGCUGCAGAAUCUUGGAAAGCCGGUUGUUUUGACCGGUUCCCAGGCGCCUAUGCUAGAGCUACAGAACGAUGCUACGGAUAAUCUGCUGGGGUCGUUGGUUGUGGCGGGCCAUUUUAUGAUUCCGGAGGUGUGUUUGUAUUUCAAUAAUCGGUUAUUCCGGGGGAAUCGGACGACGAAGGUUGCGGCGAGUGACUUUGCGGCGUUUGAUGCGCCGAAUUGUACGCCGUUGGCGGUUACGACUUCGAUGCGGACGAAUAUUAAUUGGCACAUGGUGCAUCGGCCUAGGAGUCUGGAGCCGUUUAGUAUUCAGACGAAUUUGGAUACGACUCAUGUUGCCUGUUUGCGUAUCUUCCCUGGUAUUCAGCCGGAGAUGGUGGAUGCGGUGCUGAAGCUGGAUGGCCUGCGCGGGUUGAUUCUUGAGACUUUUGGGGCGGGAAAUGCGCCCUCUGGUCAGGACAAUGCUAUGAUCAACGUGUUGGCUAGUGCGAUUCAACGAGGGAUUGUUAUCGUGAACGUAACACAGUGCCUCACUGGUAGCGUUAGUCCAGUCUAUGCCACAGGCAUGAGUCUCUCCCGGGCAGGCGUCGUCGCCGGCCUCGAUAUGACGACAGAGGGAGCAUUGACGAAGCUCGCCUACCUCCUCGCUCUCCCCGAGUCGACCCCGGAAUCCAUCGCAAAGAGCAUGUCCGUAUCCCUCCGAGGCGAGCUCACCGAGUCAUCCCUACCUAUCUUCCGUCAUCCAGACGGCGCACUCUCCGAGCGCAUCCAAACCCUGACAUCCAUGGGCUACGCUAUCGCGCAGGGCGACCUUGAUAAAGUCCAAGCGAUCAUCAAAACAGAACACCACUGGCUCCUGAACGACGCCGAUUACUCCGGCAAUACUCCUAUCCACCUCGCGGCAACCUCCCCUUCCCUUGAAAUCCUGCACUUCCUCCUCUCGCAAGGCGGUUCCGUGCACCUCCGCAAUCGAGCCGGCCGCACCCCGCUCUUCCUGGCCGCCAACGCAGGCCUCUCAGACCACACCCUCCUUCUCCGCAAAUCUGGCGCUCACCUGCAUUCGGACGAGCGACCAGCCGCCGAGCUCCUGGCGCGUCGCCGACCAUUUGUCUGGGGUAUGGCGGGUGUUGGGCCGAAAGAAAUUAGCCAGCGCGAGAUGGACGAGGAGGAAUGGGGAGGUCAGAAGCGGAUGAUUCCCGGGUCUGCGCCAUCUUAG